ACGACAUCCACGCUCGCUCUCUCGACGCUCUCUCAACCCCCUCACUGCCCGUAAUGGGCCCCGCGCCAAAGAAGAAGGCUCUCAAGAUCGGCCGUGCUCUCAAGCGACUACCCGCACGCGUCUCAGGCGGUAGAGGGAACGGCAACGCCUUCGCGCCCCUUCCCGGCGAGCUUCCUGUCGUGCUCCUUAGGGUGCAGGUACUCAGCUGUACGAACCUCCUCUCGAAAGAUCGGAAUGGACUCAGCGAUCCGUUCGUCGUCGUCUCGGUCUUGGGCAACCGCCAGCAGACUCCCGUCUCCAAGCGCACCGUAAAUCCGACGUUCAACCCGAAGGAUGCGACGUUCGACUUCCCUAUCUAUCUUUCCCUCGCCGACCGCCUCGGUGUCGUUGAGCUCGUCAUCUGGGACAAGGACAUGCUCAAGAAGGACUACCUCGGAGAGACCGCUAUCCCGCUUGAGGACUGGUUCCGCGAUGGCAGCGCGUUCCCCUUCGACGACACGAACAACACCAUGAUCGCGCGCAACUUGCAGUCGUCGCGCAACUCCACACCCCCAUCUGGAAGUAUCCAGCUCAAGCUUGGCUUUGUCUCGCCCCCGAACACGACCACCCUGAUGGACUUCGGCGAGAUCUACUCCGAGCUUGUCAAACGUACGCGCCCGAGUCUCGUGUCUGCCCCGGCGACCGAAGGUAUCGGCACUAUCCGCUCCAACGCGGAAGGCCCGCAGUACGAGGACGAUGGGCUGAGUUCAGAUGAGGGCGAGACGAACAGCGAAGAUGAGGCCGAGGACGUUCUCUCCGGCCCUGGCAGCCAUCUCUCCAACCUCUAUAUUCCGCCCUCCCAGGGGAUCUCGUCCGACGGCGCGCUCAUCCAGCAGCCCUCACCGCGCCAAGCUGCGCCCGAGACACCUGUAACGCCGACCCCAGCCGCGAUCACGAAGACGCCGCUGGCGUCGAAGCCGCCUUCGCCCGGCUUCAGCAUCCCGAAGAUGUUCCCGAAGCGCGCGAGCACCCCGCGCUCGCUCUCAUUCGACUCAACCACGGCUAACGGUGCACUCACUGCGUCUGGGUCUGGGACGGCCGUCGCCUCACCCGGGACGCUGUCGCCUUCGCUGUCCGGGGGCACGACGCCGCAAGCGCGCCCCAGUGCCGGUCAGAAGUCUAAGUUCCGCAAGUCAUGGACCGCGAAGGCGAAAGAGUUUAACUUUAACGCGGCGAACGACAUCGUGGGCAUCGUGAUGUUAGAGAUUCAGCGCGCGGAGGACUUGCCGAAGCUUAAGAAUAUGACGCGCAUGGGCUGGGACAUGGACCCUUUCGUCGUCGUGUCGUUCGGCAAGAAGGUGUUCCGGACGCGCGUCAUUCGGCACUCGCUCAACCCGCAGUGGGACGAGAAGAUGCUGUUCCACGUGCGCCGGUACGAAACCGCGUUCAAGGUGCAGCUCACCGUGCUCGACUGGGACAAGCUGUCGUCAAAUGACCACGUCGCAGAGGCGUCGUUCGACGUCGCGAAGCUACUCGAGAACGCGCCAAAACGAGACGACAAGACCGCGCUGUACUCGGACGACGAAGACGGGCAGCGCUCUAUGGAGAGCUUUGAACUACCGCUGCAGACCGCGAAGGAGGUCCCGUGGGAGUCGAAACACAAGCCGAAGAUCAUAUUCAGAGCGAAGUACCAGCCGUACGACGCGCUCCGCCAGAAGUUCUGGCGCGAGUACCUCAAGCAGUACGACACCGACGAUACCGGCUCGAUCUCCCACCUCGAGCUCACGUCCAUGCUGGACUCUCUAGGAUCGACGCUCUCGCACGAGACCGUCAACUCGUUCUGGACCCGCUUCAACAAGCAAUCCCGGACCGACGUGCUCACGAUCAACGAGGCGAUCCAGUGUCUCGAGACCGAGCUCUUCCGCCCCGCGAGCGAGAAGAAGCGGAUCGACCCCGAGGACAGUGCGAUGGACACGUCCGCGCCAGUUACCCCUGCGAUCACCAGCGGCAUGGAGGUGCAGCAGGCGCUCAACUUCGACAAGCUCGACUUCUCCGGCAUCCCUUCAAACCCCGCCGCCAUGGGCCGCGACCAUCAGGAGGAUGCGACGCGUUUCCCGAACGCGCCCCACGCGCAGGCGACCGAACCAAUGCAGCAGCCGCUCGUGGACGUCGCGCUCACUCCCGGACGUCCCGGAACGUCGCCCUCGCCUGGCCCGGGCUCAUUUGUGCGGAACAGCUCGACGUCCUCGUCUGACGCGGAAGAUUCGUCCGGGUCGUCGUCGCCCGACGGCUCGGUCGAGCGGGUCAUCAACGUUAAGAACUGCCCGCUUUGCCACCGACCACGCCUGAACUCGAAGGCGGAGGUCGACAUUGUGACACAUCUAGCGGUGUGCGCGAGCCAGGACUGGGCGCGCAUGGACCGGAUCGUCGUCGGCAACUACGUGACCGCGAGUCAAGCGCAGCGGAAAUGGUACACGAAGGUCAUUUCGAAGGUGUCAUCGGGCAACUACAAGCUCGGCGCGAACUCGGCGAACAUCAUCGUACAAAACCGCAUGACCGGGCAGCUCGAGGAGGAGAAGAUGGCCGUCUAUGUCCGGCUUGGCAUCCGUCUGCUGUACAAGGGCUGGAAGAGCCGGAUGGAGGGCGGACGAGCGCGACGAUUACUCAAGUCCUUGUCAAUCAAGCAGGGUAUCAAGUACGACUCGCCCGAAUCUGCGCGCGACAUCCCGACGUUUAUCGCAUUCCACCGACUGAACAUGGAUGAGGUCCGCGACCCGUUGACCAGUUUCAAGACGUUCAACGAGUUCUUCUACAGAAAACUCAAAGCUGAUGCACGCCCCGUGGAGAACCCGGACGACCCGUACCGCGUUGUGAGCGGUGCGGACUGUCGACUGAUGGUCUUCGAGACCGUCAGCGAGGCGACGCGGUUAUGGAUCAAAGGUCGCGACUUCUCAGUCGCCCGCCUGCUGGGCGACGCGCAUCGCGCCGACGCAGACAAAUACAUCGGCGGCGCGUUGUGUAUCUUCCGCCUCGCGCCGCAGGAUUACCAUCGCUUCCACGUGCCUGUCGACGGGACUAUCGGGCCUAUGACGGACAUCGCGGGGGAGUACUACACCGUCAACCCUCAAGCUAUCCGCACCGCGCUCGACGUCUAUGGCGAGAACGUGCGGAAGAUUGUCCCGAUCGAUAGCCCGCAGUUCGGCCGCGUCAUGUGCGUGUGCAUCGGCGCGAUGAUGGUCGGGAGCAUCCACACGACGGUCGAGGAGGGCCAGCAGGUCAAGCGCGGCGAGGAGUUUGGAUACUUCGCGUUCGGUGGCUCGACCAUCGUCGUUCUCUUUGAGAAGGCCGCCGGUAUCGCGUGGGACGAGGACUUGCUGAUUAACAGCCGCGCGUGCCUCGAGACUCUCGUUCGCGUCGGGAUGGGUCUCGGGCGGGGCAAGCGAAAGCCCGCGGUCACGGAUGGCAGCGCGCAGUGAGUAGCUUGCGACUUUACAAGCUCUAUUCAACUGGUGCUCCCUGUCUAUGUGUAUAUAACGUAUACCUCACGAUGUAUUGUACAGCAUCCCCGAACAUAAUGCGGACUUCUUGUAUAG